CCAGCACCCACACCACAGUGGCUCCCUAGCACACUGUAGUCUGGUCUUGUCUCCUAGCCCAGCAACGUCUCCUCGUAACAUGAAGGGUUGCGACAACGUGACAGCCGCUCCAGACAGCCACUCCCGCCCCCGACAAGAUCCGACCACGGACCUCGACCAUGACGAAGCGAGAAGCCGACGCCGACUUGGACCCACUAUGGCAGGACCUUGACUGGGCCAUCGGCCAGAUGCUGAUUAUGGGCUGGGAUGGCACCGAGGUCACGCCCCAGAUCCGUAACCUGAUCGAGAACCAUCAUCUCGGCAGCAUUCUCCUGACGGCCAAGAACCUCAAGUCUGCUCAUGAGACCUCAAAGCUGGUUCAGGAACUGCAGACCAUCGCGCACCAGGCCGGCCAUCCUUUCCCGCUUCUGAUAGCCCUAGACCAGGAAAAUGGCGGCGUCAACAGUCUGUUCGACGAGGACUACAUCUGCCAGUUCCCCAGCGCCAUGGGCGUGGCCGCUGCCGGAAGCCCCGAACUGGCCUACAACAUCGCCAAGGCUACCGCGACCGAGGUUUCAGCUGUCGGAGUCAAUCUGAUCCUUGGGCCCGUCCUGGAUGUCCUCACAAACGCCCGUUACCAGCCCCUGGGCGUCAGAGCGACGAGCGAUGACCCUCAGGAGGUUUCCCAGUACGGCAUCGCGUCCAUGAACGGCUACAAGGACGCCGGUAUGGCCACGUGCGGCAAGCACUUCCCCUCGUACGGCUCCCUGGAGUUUCUAGGCUCCAGCCUAGACAUCCCCAUAAUCACCCAGACUCUCGAGGAGUUGAGCCUCAGUGCACUGGUCCCGUUCAGGAAUGCCAUCGCCACUGGCCGCCUCGACGCCAUCUUUGUCGGCGGGUGUGGCAUCACGAACCCUUCCAUGAACGUCAUGCACGCCUGCCUCUCGGACCAGGUCGUUGAUGACCUGCUCAGGAAUGAGCUGGGUUUCUCUGGCGUCGCAAUCUCUGAGUGCCUGGAGAUGGAGGCGCUGAGCCACGAGAUAGGAGUCAAGGGCGGGACCGUCAUGGCGGUCGAGGCAGGGUGCGAUCUGAUACUGCUCUGCCGCGCCUAUGACGUCCAGCUGGAGGCCAUUGCGGGCCUGAAGCUCGGCAUCGAAAAUGGAAUACUCACAAAAGACAGGAUAUUCACCUCUCUCCACCGCGUGUUACGGCUGAAAAAGUCGUGCACGUCUUGGGCUAAGGCCCUCAACCCCCCUGGCCUCUCACUCUUGACGAAAAUCCACCCCUCGCACCUGGCCCUGUCGAGGCAAGCGUAUGACGACUCCAUCACGGUCAUGCGAGACAAGGACAAACUCCUUCCCCUGAACGAGUCGAUGCACCGGGACGAGGAGCUUCUCCUGCUGACGCCUCUGGUGAAGCCGCUUCCAGCAUCUGCCGCUUCCAAGGCGCUUCUCAAGUCCAAGAAUAUGCAGGAAGUGGCCCCUAACGACCAUGACAAGUGGAUUCAUCAAAAAGAAAGAGGCGCCAUAAUGACCGGGGAGGGAGUCUUUAGAGAGCUGGGGAGAUCUCUCGCGCGAGGACGCCUCGGGAAACUGCUGCACACGUCGUACACCGCAAAUGGGCUUAGACCAGUUCAUGAGAAUCUCAUAAACAGAGCAUCUUCCAUCAUAAUAGUCACGGCCGACGCCAACAGGAAUCUUUACCAGGCCGGCUUCACCAAGCACGUGUCGACGCUUUGCGCCAUGCUGCGAGCCACGGGCCAGAAGAAGUCGCUGAUAGUCGUGGCGGUAAGCUCGCCCUACGACUUUGCGAUGGACAAGACGGUGGGCACAUAUAUCUGCACGUACGAUUUUACCGAGACGGGCAUGAACGCGCUCGUCCGAGCUCUCAUGGGCGAGUUCCCACCGCACGGCACAUUCCCUGGGACUUUGCGGAAGAGCAAAAAGGUUGUCAAGUCGCGGCAGCGGUGGCUCGUCGAGAACUACGACCACGACAGGGACGGCGCGGAGCUGGACACGCUCAUCCAGGCGACGGCGCGGGCCAGCACGCCCAACAUGCGCUACCUCGAAAAGACGACGUCGGCGACCUUCGAGCUGUCGAACCCGCGCAUCCAGGAGUCGCACUUUGUGGUGCGCAACAGCAGCACGCAGGCGUUGUACGGCUUCUGCGCUACCUACGUCACGCAGGGCGGCGUCGGCAUCAUCGGCGCCAUCUUCGUGGACCCGGCCAAGCGCAACGUCUCGAUCGGCAGGUCACUCCAGCGCGGGGCGUUGCGCGAGCUGGUGAAGCGAGGCGUGGGCAGGAUCCAGCUCGGCACCUCGCUCCCGGGCGUCUUCCCCGGCAUCCCCGUGGAUGGGGACGGGGCCGGGACCAGGGCCUGGUUCGCUGGCAGCGGUUGGGACGUGCAGUUCCCCAAGCGACUGACCAACAUGGCCAUCGCGGACCUGGCGUCGUGGGCGGCGCCCGAGGGUCUCCUCGCCAGCAUCCAGCGCGCCAGCAUCAGCUUCGACCUGAUCCACGGCCACGAGAACGCCGAGUCGGUGCUGGCGCACGUGCAGGCGCACGCCGGCGCCGACGUGUGCGAGCUCUACCGCCUCGCCCUACACGAGACCAAGACGUGCGGCGUCGUGCGCGCAAAGGGCGCCGCCGACGCCAUCCUCGGGACCGUCGUCAUCUGCAGCCCGGGCAGCGCCCUGGCCACCUACCUGCCCGCCCUGGCCGCCGCCGGCCCGGGCCGGACGGGGGCCCAGAGGUCCGGGAGUUCUGCCCCCGAGUCGGUCGGCGGCAUCGUCGCGCCCGUCCUGGCCCACAGCCACCACCACCACGGCGGGCAGGCCGCGCUCGUGCUGCAGGGGCUCGCGCUCAUGGGCGUCCGGCAGAACAAGGCGCACCGCUCGUCGCGCAGCGUGCUCAGCUGGGUCCAGGACGAGUUGUACGAGCCCCUGCUCGCCAUGAACUUUGAGGCGCUGCAGGCGUUUGAGGAGAUUACCAACUCGCCCGAUCACUGGGCUGAUUUGUUGGCAUGAAUUCCGGGUUGACUUUCUGCGUUACUACGUUUCGGUUCCUCUUGUUGAAUAUCGGAAACGAGGACGGAAGGAGGGUUUGGAUUUGGUUUAAAAUUUCCAUGUUAUUUACUUCCUGGUUCUGAUGCCUAUUUGUUUCUCAUUUAUACAAACACGCACAUGAAUGGCCCCGCUUUCCCCGCCAGCUGGGUCUCGAAUCGCGUGGCAUGCCAAAAUAAAUAUAUACGACCAUACCCACCGGAAUAUACAGGAUCCCGUCCGUUCUUCCCUAGCCAAACCAGUGAAGGCCUGGGAUCCCAUUUGCUCUC